AUGGCACCCAAAGUCAAAUCAUCUAGCAAAAAGUUCGGGACGAACCCCCCAGUAUCUGUCACGCAGCCUCCGAAAUGGCCGCCAUUGCAUCCUCUUCUUUCAAGCUCCGAUCUUCAUAUCGACACACUUCUCAAAGAUCAGAUUCUUGUCGUUCCUCAGCUUUGGACCUCGACUUUAUGCAAGUCAUAUGUCGGGUUCCUCUCAAACCUCCCCUUGGUGACGACUCCUGGUAAGCCGAAAAAGGGCAAUGCAGUCCGGGUCAACGACCGCUACCAGGUUGACGAUCCUCGCUUUGCCGAGCAGCUUUGGAAUAGCACAGCACUUCGAGAUAUUGUUACAAACACCACAAUCGAUGGAGUGACACUCGGCGAGGAAGAAAAGCAGCAGCUGUGGGGAGGCGAGGUUCUGGGACUGAACAGCAACAUCCGUAUAUACCGGUAUAAGACGGCUCAAUUCUUCGACCAGCAUUAUGAUGAGUCCAACAACAUAAUGUUUCAAUCGGCCAGCUCACCAGAGUCUGUCAAGGCAAAGACGACAUGGACGUUGCUCCUGUACCUCACCUCGCCUGCCACUGGCUGUAUAGGCGGUGAGACGGUCUUCUACCCGGACCCGCCAAGCAAGCGUGAAGCCACACCCGCUCCAAUCGUUGCAGAGCUCGAAGUCGGCAUGGCGCUUUUGCAUAGACAUGGUCAAGAUUGCUUACUCCAUGAAGGCAGAGAGGUUCUAGCAGGCGAGAAAUGGGUCAUUCGCAGCGAUCUUUGCGUCAAACGUUGA